AUGGACGAUCUAGACACCAUGGCUUCGAAAUCGGUUUCGGCUCGCCCGGGCCUACUGAAUCCUAGUCAUCCCGUCAGAAGCUUGUCGGUGGCCUUUUGGCUCUGGAAGACAAUCGUUUUCUUGGUCGUUGCUGGGUGCCCCGGGCCAGGCUACGAUACGUCCACGAGCCUUCUUUCCCAGCAGGGAGUCGGUCCGUUGAGUCUGUCAGCACCCCUGAAGUUUGUCAGGUGGGAUUCGAUCUAUUUUGUGCAUAUUGCAGAAAGUGGUUAUGUGUUCGAACAAGAGUGGGCAUUUAGUUAUGGCUUGGGCAAAACUAUCGCUUUCCUCAGUUCCGUCUUGAAUCCUUGGGACAGUGCCUUGAGUGGAUCCGCCAGAAUUGCAAUCGCGGGGAUUGCGCUUUCACAUCUUGCCCAUUAUCUUUCGGUGCUAGCCCUGUAUAGACUCUCGAUUAAUGUCUUUGGCCAAGAGACGACCACGCAACGACUCAUUUGCUUUCUUUCUGCUGCGUUGCACAUAAUUGCCCCUGCGGGGGCUUUCCUCUCGGCCCCGUAUGGAGAGCCGGUCUUUUCGUUCCUCAAUAUCACCGGGCUUUAUAUCUACUCUUCGUCCGUCUUGGAUAACAAGGUCGAUAGGUCGGGGCCCAGAAACGCAAAGCUGCUAUUGGCAGCCUUACUCUUCUCGGCUGCCACAGUAAUUCGCAGCAACGGCAUUCUCAGUGGUUUCUUGUUUGCCUACGAUGCUGUUAUUCAGCUUCAAAGACUUUUGUCUCGAGGUGUAUCAGUCGACGCUUUUGUUCAUCUAGGCGUCGUCGUCAUCAGCGGCUGCAUCUUAGCCCUGGGCUUUGUCGUUCCUCAAUUCUUCGCCUAUGCGCAAUAUUGUAUGCCGGAAGAUGUCUCAAGGCCUUGGUGUCAGCGGUUGAUUCCUAGCAUAUAUGGCUGGGUCCAAGAAAACUACUGGAACGUGGGCUUCCUUCGCUACUGGACGGUUUCAAAUAUCCCCUUAUUUUUACUUGCUCUCCCCAUGCUUGCCAUUCUCUUUCGAUCAUCUACGUGGGGAUUGAAGGCAUUCCUGGCAUCCAGCCCUUACGAAGCCUCCGACAUUGACCGAGGGACAUCAUCCAUGACGCAGGCUUCUCUACUGAUGCGAUUCACCGUCCCGCAAGCCCUGCUUUCGGGGACUCUCCCACAUUCCCACAUUCUCCACCGCAGUAAUCGUCGGACGGACUGCACGACUAUGGAUCAUUCAGGCCCAAAAGCGAUCCUAACGCCCGAAAACUUUCACAAUGUGCAUGAGAUCUCAAGGGCAACCUCCCCAGGGGGCGAGCCCGCAGGGACCAACGGCGAUGGUGAACCAAUAGCUCGUGUCCGGCCUCGGACAUACCCCUACUUCAAAUACCUACCGUAUUCGCUCGAGAACGAUACCGAGAGAGACCGAACUCUACGAGAGAUAUUGAGCCAGCUGUAUAUCGCGGUGGAGGCAGGUGACUUCAGCCCAGGUGCUGUGCACUGGACUCGGGAGCUUCGAGGAUGGCUGUCACUCAAGUUUGAUCCAACGCGCAAGGAACGGAUCAAUCUUGUGAGACUUUAUUACGAGCUUUGCCUUGCUCCAGGAAUUGACCCCGGUGUUUCGGAGCGGUUUGCCAGCAUGUUUAUGCUUCUCACCAAGCGCAAGCACUACCUUAGACCGGUCAAGGACCUGGUUCUAGAUUGGAAACCCUUGUACAGAGAAUUGAAGGCCUUCGUUCUACCCACGGAAUCGGGUCUCGUGCACUCGACCAAUUUGAAACGGAACGUCAAGACCUUAACGAAGCUCUGUGCGUUCGUUCAACUCUAUAUCGACCCUUGCGAGUUGCCGGCAAUGUUGGAGGAAUUCCUUCCCCAUUAUACAACGUCAUUCUCAGAAGGUGCAUUUGUGGUCGUCGGUCUGAUCAACCUGCUACUCCCUACGUCUCCUCCGCCGGAGUUCCGAGAAGACCUACUGCCUCAACACUUCAUGCCAACUUAUUUCCACCUUUGGUCGUUGGUCAGCCGUUCCAAAACCUUUGACAUAACUUUCAUGGACUUCCUCUCGCGAUUGGCGCGAGAUUCGCUUCCCGCUGCUCAUAUAUCAUUUUCUGCGUAUGGAAUCUAUACCAAGGAACAGUCGUCCCUCAUCUUCACGGCCAUUCUGCGGCUAUUGGAGAUUCCUGUCGGACAGUCAACAUCCCCCUACAGUGCUCUUGUGGAUAUUUCUUCGGGGCUUGGUAUCAUGCUUGAUCGAGACACUCGAAAGCAUCCUGUGGCACAUCAUAUCGCUCGCUGGAUUGUCAUGUCCCUUUCGCCGGCGUGUCUUGACACUGAAGAGUCGAUCCUCACCCAACUUGAAGGUUUAAUCCAGGCCGUGGAGACGUUUUUCCAUCCUUCGAACUCUGGAAGUUGGACCAAGACUCUGUCUCAGCUGGUUUACUACCUUUCUGACUUCUUCAUAAUGCGCUGGAAUCGCGAGCAAAGUGGGGAGAUGGAGGUUCCCCCAGAGCGAAGACUCACGGAGCCGCUUAAACGUCGUUUUGUUCUGUGUCUGCGUGAGGUGAUUUUCAUGGGAAUUUACGCUAAGAGUGGCACGGCCAUGAGCUUUUCUCUGUCCACGCUGCAGAGCUUGGCAUACCUGGAGCCACACCUCAUUCUACCAGGUGCUCUGCAGAGAAUCUACCCAUCUCUUCAGGGUCUCGUCGAGGUCCACCGUACAACAUCGUCUCUCCGUGCUCUUCAAGUCCUGUCACGUAUCAUUUCCAGGACCAAAGGAUAUCGUUGCCACAUGACGACUUUACUGGGACUCGCGCUGCCAGGUGUCGAUGCCAACGAUCUGGAGAAAUCCUUACACGCUCUAUCAUUCAUACAAUCGGCAUGCUAUAACAUCCCCAUGGCCGACUUGACAAGUGGCAGGGAAGAUAUCAACUCCAACAUGCUCGCUGUGCAAUGGAUUACGGGCGAGAUGGAACGCAUGGAAGAAGAAGGCGUCGAGGUUAAAUUGAAUUAUGAUAAGGACCUAGAUGAUGAGACCGAAGAACUGAUUCUUCGUUCGUCAACCUGUGGCUUUGCUGACUUCAUUGUCUCAUUCUUGGGCCGUGUCUUUACGCUCCUGGAGAACCUUCCCGAUGCAACCAGGGUCCGAAAUGGAUCCCCUGAGGAAAAUAUUGUGAACACGCUUCCUGCAACCUUCAUGCCACUCUUGUCGUCUCUCUCCCUUGAGUACUAUGACAUUGCGCUAACGAAGGUCGUUGACUUCGUAUCCAAUCAUGUGAUUCACCAAGCUCGCGAUGCGAUGGCCUUCAUCUGUAACUCGAUGUGCAAGGUCAAUCCCGAGAAGGCAUUGAAACGCUUCAUCCCGGUGUUAACACAGGCAAUCCGCACCGAGAUCGAUGACAAUGGUGCGGGCUCGACUCGAACGACAGGCACAGAUGUGCUUCCCCGCGAUCGCGGCUUGGUAUGGAAUAUCAGCAUGCUGAGCAUGUGUGUCGUCCACGUCGGGGACUCUGUGUUGGCCCACAGGAAAGAGCUUUUCGACAUUGCCGUGUAUAUGCAACAAAAAUGUCGGGGUAUUCCGACCGUACACAUUUCAAACUUCGUUCACCAUCUACUCCUAAACCUGACGGGAACCUAUACUGCCGAUUACUCGCUCUAUGAGCCCGAUGCAGUUGCUAAUGGCGUGCACCCCGGGCUUUGGAGCUAUAGAGCCGAUCCGCAUAGUUUGACCGUAAAAUGGCACAUUCCCACGCGCGAAGAACUCGAAUUUGCCGUUGACCUCUUCCAAAACCAAGCGGAGACUGCCCUUUCGCGGCUGACCGCAUUGAUUGAUGAUACGUCCAGUGUGAAACGGGACGGCAGCGGGAAGGACUGGUCGGAUGAAGUUAUCAGGAAUCUAGUUUUACUGCGGCUUAUCCUCUCCGGUAUCUCCGUACUCUUUGAUCCCAAAGCAGCCUCGAAGACCAAGGAAGGCGGAGUGAAUGGUUCAUCCAACGAUAUCGACAUGGCAGACGCCCAGGCAGUCUCUAAUGAGACGGAUGCCGAGAGUGAAGAUUCGGCUCUUGACAGCUCUGACGAAUCUACUGUCCGAGAGUCAUUCGCAUAUCCUACUGGCUAUCCACUUAAGGAAAAUGACGCCAUGUACACCACAAUCCACGGCAUACGAGAGAGGGCUGGCUGGAUUCUUCACGGAGUGCAUAGGUUUUUGUCCGACAAGCAGGAGGACGAUGUGCCUUGCUUCAGUGCCUUAUACUCUGCAUACCGGUCAUGGUUUGUCGACGUCGGCAUUGAGAGGUCCGCUCAUGUCCUGGACAGAGUUACACGUCUUCUUGCCGCGGACAUCCAUCCUUACAAGAUGAGCGGCGUCCGUAAGGAUUAUCCUCGUCCGUUGCUGGUUCGAAGAGCGAAUGUGUAUCACUUGCAACGACUUAGACACAAUGCAGCACCGCGACGUCGUUCUCGGCUGGACGAGAUCUUGCUGUUGGAUAUUGCCGAAUCAUGUGUGUCUCUCUACACAGAAACCCGUCGCAACGCUCAAAGUGCCGGAGAGUCGGCUCUCAAAGCUGUCUGGGGUUCUCGACUUCUUGUCAUCCCACCGCUGCUCCAAGCUCUACAGAAGGGCAUCAAGGAGAAUGACUACGCGAGAAUUAAAGGUGCAUUGUUCUCUUUGCUGUUAAGCAGCGUCGCAAGAACUGUUGGGCGUCACUGGAAAUAUGCUCCCACUUUGAUCAGGACCUUCAUCGAUGCAAGUGCGGUCGACAAGCCCUCCGUGCAGAAGAUUUGUUCCAGUGCUGUAUUCCAAAUCAUGGAUUACGGCCGCUCUAUGGAAAGAAUGGCCAUCCUAGACCAAGACCGCGUUGAAGCAAUCGCUCCAAAGGAGGAUGUUCAAGAUCAAAUCACACAAAAGCGCAAGGCCAUUAACAAUAAACGGGCCCUCAUUGAGAAAAAGAAGGCUGAUCUGGCUGAAGAGCUCGUGAAUCUGGCAAGGGUGUCUCAUUGGAAGGUUGCCAGCCGAGCAGCCACUAUAGUGGUCACAAUGGGUCUCAGGUUCGAUUACAUUGCCAGCGAGAACCUCAUCGACCUCGUGACCCAUGGAUCCAUCGACGACCAUCCGGGCUUGCGUGGAAUGUAUUCGCAAGCGCUCAUUGCUCUUUUCACUAUGGUGGAUGUGCGCGCAAUCUGCAGCCAUGAUUACAAAAAUUACAUUCUGGGCAACCAACAUUUCCCCUCGAAGAUAAACGUAGCUACCAAGCGCUACGAAGAGGGCUGGACCCAGGAAUACUUGGCUAGCUUUGCCAAUCCAGAGGCAGAGUAUUAUGUCGAUCAUGAUUUCCCUGGCUGGCUUGUGUGGGGAGACAGGAUGCCUGCGUACAAGUCGAAUGUCGCGCGCGAUAUUGAAUACGAUGAGACUGAGUGGAAAAUCCGAACUCACAUGGGGCAACUGUUCAACCGAGCAUGGUUCACCAAGUUCUUCAUGUACUUGAAACAGGAGCCCCGCGACCCGUCUGCUGACAAGUUCCGGAUGCCUUGUGCAAUGAUGCUGCUCUACGCUUUUGAAUUGAUGCUUCGAGAUGGACUCACAGCUGCCACCUUCCAAGAUAUUCAGGAAGAAGUAGCGGCCGUAUUUGAAGACGGCAGUGACAAGCAUCAACACAGGGCUACUGCUGAGAUCCUAGGAGCCCUUAUAAGCUCUGUUGCGGAUUCCAGCGUUGAGAAGCGAACCUUAGUGUGGGAGUACGCGUUCCCGAUUGUACAGAAGAUCUUCACCGAUGGGUUGACCCCCGAAAAUUCUGGCUAUUGGACGACAUUCCUUCACAUGAUUCUUCAAUGCCGCGAUCCUCGACGGGCUUGGCCGCUCGUCGAUUGGCUUGCAAGCUUCAGGCUGGAUAUGACCACGAAUGCUGCUUUCAAGGAAAGCUCUAAGAUCAAUCUAUUACAUCAGGCUAUCAUAGAUGCAGGCUGGCAUUUCCAACUAGAGAAGCCGAUUGUGGAGGACUUCCUUGCCCACCUUGAUCAUCCAUACAAGGGUGUUCGCGAAGCCAUGGGCCAGACUAUUGCUACGAUCUAUCGCACAAGAUACCACGAGUCCUAUGCAGACGUUCAGCGUCUCUUCACAGCUCAGGAAUCAUCGUCUUCGGUGGGCACGUACCCGUAUUAUCCUUCCGAGGAAUUUACGGCAAUGAUGAAGGAUGUCUUCAACCGGAUUGAGAAAUGGCGCCACGAAAGAACGCCUGGCCAACAUACACCAUCGUCGUAUACUUCAGGCAGCAAGACAGUCCUUCUGUGGCUUGACUCGACUCUUUCGUCUCAUGAAUGCACGCAACUUGUACCCUUUUUCCCGAACGUGUUCACCGGUCAACUUCUGCACAUGAUGGACGUAAAGGAAGAUCCAGAACUUCAAUCUCUCGCCUACCACGUUUUCCGCCAUUUACCAAACAUCCCAUACCCUGCCGAGGAAAGCUCUGGGUUCAUCAAAUCACUCAUCCACAUUGGCCAGACUUCGCCCUCGUGGCAUCAGCGUUUGCGAGUGAUGAUCAAUAUCCAGAUUAUCUACUUCCGUCGCCUGUUCUUGCUCUCCGUCGCCGAUCGUGACAAAUUGUUCGAGUGUGUAGCCAACAUGCUGGAAGACCCGCAACACGAAGUGAGAGCCGGGGCAUCGGCCACUUUGUCCGGAAUGAUCCGCUGCUCGCCAGGCUUCCUGCGGGAAGAAAUGAUCAAACGAUUCCAGGAUAGGUUCAGCAAGAUUUUGAUCAAUAACCCCCUUCCUAAGAGGCCGAAGAACUUCAGAUCGGGCAUCUCCUCGCCGGUCUCCUCCGGCCCCGGGACUCCGACCCCUGAACACACUCGACUCAUCAUCACCCGUCAUGGUUCGGUUCUGGGACUUGGCGCGCUCAUCCAAGCAUUCCCAUAUAAUAGCCCUCCGCCACGGUGGAUGCCCGAAGCUUUGGCAACCUUGAGUGUUCGCGCUGCGAAUGACCCGGGCAUUGUAGGAUCGAGUGUCAAAUCUAUUAUCAGUGAAUUUAAGAAGACCCGGCAGGAUACCUGGCAUAUCGAUGCGAAAAGGGCGAUUAGAGCAGAGCUAACAUGGGCGUUGUGCUGUUUUGUAUGGGCAAAAGAUACCCUUGAAUCUCUUGCUUUCAUGGCACAAACCAUUGUGCAUGCUUCGCACCUGUCCGGUCACGUGCUGUCUCAGCAGCCACGCGGCUUCCGGGCAGUCGAAGCCGCAUCACGACACCCAGGGGGUUCUCUCUUUCAGCAAACCGCUCUCACGCCAGCUCCUGGCUCCUAUAUCACUACUCCAUUAGACUCGGAUUCUGCCGAGCUUCUUAUAAUUACCUUCUCGGACACCUUCUUCCGCUCGUCGGACAUGAGCUUGACCCAGCUCUAUAUCGCCAAUGAAAUCGGACGAGAGGUUGUCAGCGCCCUGGGAGAACUUGGUUCGGUUCAGUUUAGAGAUCUCAAUCCCGACACCAAUGCCUUCCAGCGCACCUUUACUAAAGAGAUCCGUCGGCUGGAUAAUGUGGAAAGACAACUGCGUUAUUUCCAUGCCCAGAUGGACAAGGCGGCUAUUCCCAUGAGAUCUUCGGCUGAGUUUUCGGACACGCUGGCCGCUCCCCUAGCUUCCGAGAUCGAUGAGCUUGCUGAACGCAGCGAGAGCCUUGAACAGCGAAUUUCGUCGCUGAACGACAGCUACGAGACACUGAAGAAGCGUGAGGUUGAGCUUACGGAAUGGCGCUGGGUUCUGAGAGAGACCGGUGGCUUCUUUGACCGUGCCCACACCCACACGGAGGAAAUUCGCCAGUCUUUCGACAACGAUGAGGCUCCCCUUCUACGUGACGUUGAGCAGCAACCCAGUCGGGGCGCGAACGGCGAUGCGCAAGGUCAGCAGUCGUUUCUUGAGAUGAACAUCGGCUUCGUUGCAGGUGUGAUCCCUCGGGACCGGAUUGGCGCUUUCGAACGAAUCCUUUGGAGGACCCUGCGCGGUAACUUGUACAUGAACCAGUCGGAGAUCCCGGAGCCCAUCGUCGACCCGACCAACAACGAAGAAACCCACAAGAAUUGUUUCGUGAUCUUCGCCCACGGAAAGAACAUCAUUGCCAAGAUCAGAAAGAUUUCUGAGUCCCUCGGUGCUUCUCUGUACAGUGUGGAUGAGAACAGCGAGUUGAGGCGGGAUCAGGUCCACGAGGUGAACACACGACUGGGCGAUGUGGGCAACGUUUUGCGCAACACGAAGAACACUCUGGAUGCGGAACUCUCCCAGAUUGCUCGCUCUCUCGCUGCUUGGAUGAUUAUCGUGAGGAAAGAGAAGGCUGUCUAUGACACCCUCAAUCGGUUUUCUUACGACCAAGCGAGAAAGACUCUCAUUGCGGAGGCAUGGUGUCCGACCAGCUCGUUGCCGUUGAUCAAGUCAACCCUACAGGACGUCAAUGAUCGAGCUGGUCUGAGCGUGCCUACUAUCGUCAACCAGAUUCGGACCAACAAGACCCCACCAACAUAUGUCCGAACGAACAAGUUCACGGAAGCCUUCCAGACCAUUGUCAACGCGUACGGUAUCCCCAAGUACACCGAGGCCAACCCUGGAUUGUACACGGUUGUGACUUUCCCGUUCAUGUUCGCGGUCAUGUUUGGUGAUUUCGGUCACGGUACUCUGAUGACUCUCUGUGCCAGCGCCAUGAUCUUCUGGGAGAGAAAGCUUCUGAAGACCAAAUUAGAUGAAUUGACGUACAUGGCUUUCUAUGGCCGUUACAUCAUGCUGAUGAUGGGUAUCUUCUCUAUGUACACCGGUAUCAUCUACAAUGAUAUCUUCUCGAAGGCGUUUACCAUCUUCUCCAGUCAGUGGCAGUGGCCAGACAACAUCGAGAAGGGUCAUAGCUAUGAGGCUACCUUGAAGGAAGACUACCGGUUCCCUAUUGGUCUUGACUGGAAUUGGCACGAAGCCGAAAACUCGUUGCUUUUCACGAACAGCAUGAAAAUGAAAAUGAGUAUCAUCUUGGGUUGGGCGCAUAUGACCUACGCCCUUUGCCUGCAAUAUAACAACGCUCGGCAUUUCAAGUCGAAGGUCGAUGUCAUUGGCAAUUUCAUCCCAAGCAUGCUCUUCUUCCAGUCCAUCUUCGGUUACCUCGUCCUCACCAUUGUCUACAAAUGGUUUGUGGAUUGGGGUGCUGCGGGCCGGUCGCCGCCGGGUCUCCUGAACAUGCUGAUCUUUAUGUUUCUCUCUCCCGGAAGCAUCGAGGAAGGACAAGAGCUAUACUCGCACCAGGCAACCGUCCAAGUCAUCCUGUUACUUAUUGCCUUGGUUCAAGUGCCGAUCAUGCUUUUCUUCAAGCCGUUCUACCUCCGCUGGGAGCACAACAAGGCCCGCGGCCUUGGAUACCGAGGCCUCGCUGAACCAUCGAGAGUCAGCGCGCUCGACGAUGGCGAGGUAGAUGGUCGUGCCUCUGGAGCCCGUGACAGCAUGGCCAGCGACGGCGAGGGCGUUGCCAUGAUUGCCCAAGAUCUCGGAGACGAGGAACAUGAAGAGUUUGACUUCUCGGAGAUUAUGAUCCACCAAGUCAUCCACACCAUCGAGUUCUGUCUGAACUGUAUCUCCCACACGGCCUCCUACCUGCGUCUGUGGGCCCUUUCCCUAGCCCAUCAGCAGCUGUCCAUCGUCCUGUGGAACAUGACCCUCGGCGGCGCCUUCGAGCAGGAGUCCAACGGCAUGCGCGUCAUCAUGAUCGUCGUCACCUUCUACAUGUGGUUCACCUUGACCAUCGCCAUUCUCUGUGUCAUGGAAGGCACCAGUGCCAUGCUUCACUCUCUUCGUCUGCACUGGGUCGAAGCCAUGAGUAAGCAUUUCAUGGGUGACGGUAUCCCGUUCGCUCCGUUCAGUUUCAAGACCCUCCUGGAGGAGGAUCCCGUCGAUUGA